CAAGUACAAGCAAGAACAAGAUGAUAGCUAGAGGAUUACGUGUGGGAGGCGUUCGUCAUUUCAGUAAGAGUUUCACCAGCUUGAAGCCAGCGCUUGCUGCGGAUGCCCAACCAAGUUACUUCAAUACCGGAGGAUCAACGCAAUCGGUUUGGCCCAAGGGAUUCAGAGCACCAAAGCCAAAGACUUGGGAAGAAAGCAAUGAAAGUGCCUUGAGUAAAGCCACCAAGUUUUUCUUCUUGAACGAAAUUGCCAGAGGGAUGUACAUUUGUUUGGAAAUGUACUUCAGAGCACCAUAUACUAUUUAUUAUCCCUUUGAAAAGGGACCAAUCAGUCCUCGAUUCAGAGGAGAACAUGCAUUGAGAAGAUAUCCAAGUGGGGAAGAAAGAUGCAUUGCUUGUAAAUUAUGUGAAGCCAUUUGUCCAGCCCAAGCCAUUACUAUCGAAGCCGAAGAGAGAAUCGAUGGUAGUAGAAGAACUUAUAAAUACGAUAUCGAUAUGACUAAAUGUAUCUAUUGUGGGUAUUGUCAAGAUUCUUGUCCUGUUGAUGCAAUUGUGGAAAGUCCAAACGUCGAAUAUACUACCGAAACCAGAGAAGAAUUGUUAUAUAAUAAAGAAAAAUUAUUAGAAAAUGGUGAUAAGUGGGAACAAGAAUUACAAUACUGUAUCGAUGCCGAUGCUCCUUACCGUUAAUUGCAUGUAUAAUAAAUAUUUAUUAAUUUUGAUCUUUUUCAGUGUAGUAUCAACUAAAAUAGCACCAGGGGACGAGGGGUACGGAUUCUUUACACGUGUAAACCCUGAUCGUCAACCAUCGUCAAUAGUACUGCCACUGGAUCCUCUAUUG